GUGGCAAUGACGUAGCUAGGCUGUGCUACACUGGUUAGGCUACACUGUAUCGUUUGGCAGAAUAGAAUAGUUAUAUCUUUACUAAACGGAAUGAAAUAAGGGAUUUAUGUAAAUAGUAACGACGCUUGUGAUUAUUGAACAUCUUAAAAUAUACCGUUAAAUAACACUGCUUCUUUACACUGUAAUCAUUCAGGGAGUGAAAGAUUCCUUACGGACAACAGUCAUUUGGAAGCGGCCACCUUUGCCUCCCCUAACUACACGAUGAAUUAAGGAUACUACCAGUCCUGCCAUCUGCAUCCCUGCAACGCUGAAAGGGAGAAAGUAACCCCUCUGCCCUUUCAUAGUAGACCCCGGGCAGAGGAGUACUUGACUUUGCAAGUGUUUUUUGACGCUGGUGUGCGUGUGUUCAUGAGUGUGUUUGUGGCCCAGAAAAAGCGAGUAGGCUACACUCCACCUCUCUACUGCUGAGGAGAAGGCCCUUCCCUGUUGUAUUGGACCCGCUGUCCAGCGCCACCGCCAGCCAUUAUGGGGAGGAAAAAGAUUCAGAUCCAGAGGAUCACAGAUGAGAGGAACAAACAGGUGACGUUUACGAAGAGGAAGUUUGGUCUCAUGAAGAAGGCCUAUGAGCUGAGUGUGCUGUGUGACUGUGAGAUCGCCCUCAUCAUCUUCAACCACUCCAACAAGCUGUUCCAGUAUGCCAGCACCGACAUGGACAAAGUCUUGCUCAAAUACACAGAGUACAACGAGCCCCAUGAGAGCAGAACCAAUGCAGACAUCAUUGAGACAUUGCGAAAGAAAGGCUUCAAUGGUUGUGACAGCCCUGAGCCUGAUGGAGAGGACUCCAUUGACCAAAGCCCCUUGAAUGAUGACAAAUACCGCAAAAACACAGAAGAUCUGGACAUCCUGUUCAAACGCUAUGGUCAGACAGCUGCCCAGCCCCCCACGUUUUCCAUGCCAGUCACAGUUCAGGCCACCAAUCAGAACACCGUGCAGUUCAGUAACCCCGGUAAUGCCCUGGUAACCACCUCUUACGUCACAUCCUCAUCUCUCUCCGAUCCCCACCUCUUGUCACCACAGCAACCAGCUCUGCAGAGAAACACGGUGUCUCCUGGGUUGCCACAGCGACCGGCAAGUGCAGGAGCACUUCUCGGAGGCGACAACUCAAAUGGAGGAUGUCCAAGUCCAGUCCCUAAUGGAUACAUUAGUGCCAGGGCAUCUCCAGGCCUCCUAUCUGUUUCCAAUGGCAACAGCCUGGGGAAAGUAGGUCCAGCCAAGUCUCCGCCCCCGCCGCCCAGCCCCCAGAUGGUCAACAGCCGCAAGCCAGACCUCCGGGUCAUCACCUCGCAGAGUGGAAAGAGUCUAAUGCAGAUGCAGAUGACAGAGGAUGAGCUGGAGUUGGUGACUGAGAAUGCUCAGAGACUGGCUGGUGCCCAAGUUGCACAAGCGCUCACCACGCCGGUGGUCUCCGUGGCAACACCCAGUCUGCUGGCACAGGGGCUGCCCUUCUCUGCCAUGCCGACAGCUUACAACACAGACUAUCAAUUGACAAGCGCUGAUAUCACCGCUCUCCAUGCUCUUGCGUCACCUAGCGGCCUGCUACCAGCCAACGUGUCCACAUGGCAGCAGCAACAGCAUCAACAGUCUGUAUCGCAGCAACAACAGCAACUCAGUCUGGCUUCACUUAGCAACUUGGUCAUGUGGGGUAUGGACAAACAGAGCGGCGAGCUGUCUAGCCAGAUCUCCAGUCUAGCAGCCAAUUUGAGCGUGUCCUCGCCGUCCAACCUGCUCUUGGGUAGAGAUGAGUGGUUGGGACGGCCCGUGACCCAUAUACCUCAGAGCACCAUGCUAACCGUCAACACCAACUCCAAUGUGAGCAUCAAGUCUGAGCCUGUGUCGCCUGGCAGAGAUCGCAACACCCAGUGUUCUGUUCCCUCCUCCACCUCUUCCUCGUCCGGAGGCGGGGUCCUGACGGCAACGGCCCCACCCCAGUACCCAGGCUCCCUGCUGUGCCUGGAGCCCCCUACUGGCCGCUCUCCCGCAGACAGCAUCAGCAGCAACGCCAGCUCUUACGAGGGGAGUGACCGCGAUGACCCGGCGGCAGGUGGCGGCGGCGUCUCCACACACGCCGCGGGUAACGCAGGCCCAUCGGGUGGAGCCCUCCCCCCUGAGUUUAGCCCCUCAGCUGAGGUCCACAGGGCGCAGAGCGAGGCAGAGCAGGAGGGAGCAAAUGUCAAACGCAUAAGACUUGACACGUGGGUCACAUAAAAGCAGCAAUGCCAAACCGUCCUCACCCCUGAAAGCACCAAUAACACUGACACCACACGUAUAAAUACAUAUAGACACGGACACGUCUCACACCCUCCCACUUAUCCCACCUCAUUGACACUGCCAUUUGUUCACCUCCACACAAGGUCUAGCCCCUCUCGGCCUCCAUCUAAACCUAUAAAUCCACCUACCCGGUCAGUCCCACAGGACUCAGACGCUGAGCCGGAAAUGUGCGAUUGUUUACUGGUGUUUUUCGAACGAGGUAUCUCAUUGAAUAUGAAGAGAACACAAUCGGAAUGCCGUCUUUUAAAUGGUUGUUUAAUUUAAUUUGAUGGUGUGGACAGGUGUAUUAAGAGUGCAUAUUAUCUCCCAAGGUUGAUUGCUCAUCGAUGUUAAGAGCAGAUGAAAGUCUUCGCUUGUAGACCGCACAGUCAACAACUUUAUGUAUUGAAUUUGAGCUGCAUCUGCAUAAUUGACAGUAUGAUCUGUUUUAAUCUGUGCUUGGAGUGGACUGGGUUGUAGACUGAGCUUCUCACGGGACUAACUGCCACGUUCACUCAACAGUUCUGCUCUAAAAAUGUUUUCAAUAAGCACUGUCCGUGAAAAAGCACCUUUUGGGGUGACAACAAGCAUGACUCAGCUCAGUUCAAAAGAUUGCAAAGAGACCCGGACGGGCUGCGAGGAUUUUGCGGUUAGGGCAGACUGAAACUGCGUGCACCAACAUCAACAUUCAAGCCCAGCCAAAGACUCAGGUAGCACUCCGUCGUCAACUAGCACUCUCAUCAAGGCCUAGAACAAGUAGAGACUCAUUGCCAGAGUGCCGACAUCAACCUCCUCUUGUACUAAAAUGCCAAAUGCCUCAUCACAUGCAAAAGGAGCAUUGUAGAAACAGAAGAUGCUCAAGAACGCGACAAAUGAAAAUUGACUUACGCCAGGCUUUGAAUUAGCUUUCGGUGAGAAUGCCUCAAGUCAUAGUUUUAUUAUUUUUUUCCAAUUUGGAAGGAAUUUGCCCCCAAUGAUAAUUGAAAUCAGAAAACGCAUAAUGGUUUUUACUCUUAGAGACAGUAGUUUAUGACAUAGGUUUCUCUGGUUAGGGAAGUGUUUGGUCUUUUCAGUGAUGCAUUAUAGAUUUGAAGGUUGAGACUGUUGAUGAUUGUUCAUAAGUAACAAUUCAAAUUUUUUUAUGAAACACCCUAUCAUACAAAAGCUUUGAUGUUCUCUUAGCUCUGUUUAGCACUUGUAUGUGUUCCAGAAGAGCCGCUACAGCAGAAUACAAGAACACACAGUAUUCUAGACAUUCUAUAUUCUAUAUUUCUACCGCCUCAGUCGGCAGCAAAGCAAUUGGCUCCCUAGUGAGGACGAUAAGUGUACAUAUGAAUAUAUUUGCAUAAACUUUGGUAGGUAUCCCUAAAACAAGCAAUGUGUUCAUUCUCAGUGAAUCUGUUUGCGUAUGAGUGUAAUUUGAUAUGUUCAAGCUACAAUGCAGGAGCCCUGCAGCACUAGGUGGUGAGUCACCUUGUUUAGUAACCUAUUUAAUGCUAGUGUUGAUGGUGUGCACUUUUUUGUCUCUCAUUUAUUCUUUAGAGGCCUGUUGUGAUGUCAUAAUGUUAUUUUGCCACAUACACUGAACCCAAUCCCACAAUAAGAUGAAAAUGGUGGACACAACUUGAAUUAUUUACGUAGAUAGUUGGACUAAUUAACUACAUUUUGUUGUAGGUCUGAAUUUCAUAAUUCUGUGAGGUCAGAUCAGUAAGGAUACACUUGAAACUUCAGUACUGCAUACAUUAUAAAAUUAUGUUUAAGCAAAACAUUUCAUCUGUAAAAUUAGUUGCCACCUAUAUAAGUUUUAAUCUUUUAAAAUGUUCAAAUGUGAAUCCCAAAUUCUGAGUGUCAUUUUGAACAGACACCUGGAAAUAACUGAUUUAAUAUCAGUGCCUGACAUGGGAAUUCCAGGGUUCACUGUGUGUGGCCAACCAGGAGUUGAACUAGUGGCUGCAUUAACUAUGAAUGUGCAGAUCACAGUGGGAUGUACAGUGUGAGGCUGGCAUGAUUGCUCUGUAUUACACCAAGAAUCACUUACUUUCUACACAAGUUUUGCUCUGACAGCUUUGUGGCACAAAACAGGUCAUUUAUAGGCAAUUUAAAGUGACACCACCUAGAUUGGCUUUAACAUUGUUAAUGUACAAAUAGCUUUCUCUUUCCAAUCUAGCAAUGUAGUCUCAAGACAAUCUAUAUGAGCAAUGAAAUAUCCACGACCCUGUUUUUUGUGUACAAUGUUUUUUUUUUUAACUCACUAUUUUUCAAGUGUUUAUUUGUGCUGGUAAAAGUUCAUUGUCUAUUAUUACUAGUAAUAAUAAUAUUAUUAUUAUUAUUAUUAUGGAGCUCUUAUUUUUCUGCUAUUUUGUGUAGAAUAGCCAACCUUUUUUAUGUAAUCUACCUUAUUGUAUACAGACUGGUUUCCUUCUAUGAUACAACUAAAAUUGCACGAUCAGUCAUUGUGGUAUUAGCAAAAGCAAUGAAGGAAAAUACCCGUUUAAUGCUGCAAUUUAAAUUAAGACAGAAUAUAUUUAUAAAAUGUGGGAAACUGAAAUUUUUAAUUUGAAAAUAAACAUGCAUGGGAUAAGAAACUUAAAAAGAAUCAUGUUAAUAAACAGUAGAAAUAAACAACAUGCAUCACAAAUGAGUAAAAUAUCUCAGAAGAAAUGUAGCAUAAAUACACAAGAUAAAGUAUAGGUAAUAUAUUGUGUUCCGCUAUGUUCUUUGGGUUUUUGUUGUAAGAAUUACUUAAUUUGUUGUUUUUGAGAAUGAUAUACAUUUUGUGUAUAUUUUCAUAUACAAAGUAUGCACUGAUAUGUUAAAAUUCUAUACCGCUUUUACAAAAGUGUUUGUUGUACCAAAGUAUCCAAGUCCCUUGAAACCUUAUCCUUUUUUUGGCGUAUGUUUUACCGUAUUUUAUAUAUUAAAUAGACAAAUUGAGUGAAAUAAUCUAUUGUCAUCAUUUAAAAUGAUAAAAAAAAGCAAAACCCUC